GCGCGAGUACAAGAAAAGGGAACCGUCAAGGAAGCGGCUGUUAUUUAUCGAACCCAAUAAUGGCUGCUACCCAACAAGUCUGUUGUUCUCUUCGCGCGCUGGUCGACAUUGGAGGGUCAUCCAUAUUUCAAUCGUCACUUUGAAGCCGUCAUUACCUCCGUUGCUCUGCUGGCCUUGCUGCUCUCCCACAAUGCAUUGCCAGAGGCGUUUCUGUGUGUCUCACCAACCAUCAUAACAAAAUCCACCAAACCACCUAGUUUACACCAGUGCAGCAAAACGGGAAGGUCCUAUUCUGGUCUAACUUGUUCCUCAUCUUUACUCCAACCAUGUCUGGUUCUGGAGAUUUACCAGCCAUCGAGGGAUCUGGGAUGGGUGGGAUGAAGCUUCCUGUCGGAAUGACCCGGCGUGCCAUCAGCUAUGACGAUAAUCUGGAGGCCCCCAUGUCCACACCGCCUCAUGACAUCAGUAUCAACAACCUGUGGAAACGACCAAUCAUACCCGAAAGGAAGUUCACACACCUGGCUGAGGAGGAUGAGAGUGAUGCGAGUCAGUCUGCAGCGCAGGACACUGGAGCCUCUAGACCACAAGCUGUGGUGAAAACCAAGGCUUCUUCCAUCAUCAUGAAUUCUCUCAUCAACAAGCAAACUCAGGAUAGCGUGUAUAAGUUUGAGCAGACGGCAGGGCUCUCUGACACCGGCUACACACCCCACAAAGGCCUCACUGCUGAGGAAACGAGACAUCACCAUCGCGUGCCCGAAACAAUCCAGAAACUCCAGAUCCAGAGCAUGGAGGCCAAGGAAGAGCGCCAGAGCUCCUCCGCCCACUCCACUCCAUCCAACACACCACACAGCUCCCCUAAAUCACAGCGCAGAGGCUGGUUCGGCAGUUCGAGUUCAGAGCUCAGUAUUGCCUCCUCCUCCAACAGCAGUUUGGACAUGGCUGGAGUAGACGUCGGGGGAGGAGGAGGAGGUGUAGUGGAACGAUGGGGUGUCUUUGGACCUCGACCACCUGUCCAUAAGUCGACCUCUGACCUGGGAUCAGACUCCACAACUGCAGCAGGCUUUGCUCUGCAGGCGUACCGUGGCGCUCAGAAGCCGACCCCGAUGGAGGUGAUGAAGACGCAGGCUCGACUGGCCGACAGCGCUUCCAUUCAGAAGGUGUCUCCACCAACAAUGGAGAUUCCCACGGUGGAGGGUCGGCGGCAUGGAACCCGAACACACAAGCUCAAACCGAGAGAUAUGAACAUCCUGACGCCCUCCGGCUUCUGAGAACGCAGACUGCCUGACGCACAGACACCACAGGUCCCAUGAAAUGAUGACGUCCUCGUGCUUAGUUCAGUGUAUUCCAGUUCUCCUUGUUUUCUUUUUUUUAAGUCCAAAUCUUUUCAAAUGUUACCGUGUUUAGGUUAUUAACGAGGUCCGGUUACUCUUCCAAAUAUAAAUCCAACAGAUUUUGCACUGCCUAAACAAUCCUGUAUAAAUUUCUGUCGUUAAGCCAUAAUUUAACCCACCAAGUACCUACCUUGGAUCUGCAAGUGCAACACUAUUUGCCACACAGGAGUUUGAUGGAGAACGUUGUAAACAAACCUCCACUUAGUCUAAUUUAGGUGGCAGGGUGGCUGAGCUGUAAGCUAAGCACCCAAACUGACGGUCAAACAUCACAAUUUACAGACAGACCUCCUAAUCACGUUUGACCUUUAAUUACUGUAAUAAUCCGGCUUUUGUGGUUUUGGUCAGUUAAUCCAAGCUUGUGGUUUUGCCUCAAAAUAAAAGUGGACCAGUAAAUCUGACUAACUGACUGAUUAUCAUCUGACCUGCCAGAGAAGAACUCUUGCAAUCAUGUUUCAAUUUAGAUCUUUUUUUUUUUUCCCCCACGUUAUCCAAAGGCUUAAACGUCUCUGACCUGAAAUUAUGCUGGUAAUGACUUUUCCCAUUCCUCCAUAGAUUUGGGGGCGAGCAGCUUUAUGUAAAUAUUUUUGAAAUAUCAACUGUGGAACUUAAACUAUUUCAUGGGACCUUUUAACAGCAGCUCUAACCACUUAAGAUAACCACUGUGCUGUCCACCAUCUUUCCCAUUUAAAAACAAACAUGGUAUAUACAUUUGAAAAACAAAAAAGAAAACCGUGAUGCAUAUUCAGUGUUUCUUGGAUGUAAAAUCAAACGCAUUGACCAACCAGGUCAGCAUGAAUCACCCCACAAUGAAGUGAAGAGCUUAUGUUGGUGAAGCUGAAGCUGAAACUGAAGAUGGUUGCGAUCCAAGUUUAUAAGUAUCAUAUACUAACGCACUUUAUCCUCAUCAUAACUUCUAACUCAACCCCAGACCCUCUGCUGUCACGCAGCCCUCCAGGGUAACGAUGCUAAAGCUUCCUCUGAUAUGUUCUGCCUGUCACUAAAAUAUUUUUCUUCCAUUUUGGGAUGAAUAAAUAAUAAAUUUCUCGGGUGCAGUUCAGUAUCAGACAAAAUAAACAGACAACGAUUCUCUAAUUAUAUUGUAACAAGUUUUGUCUCAGGAAAAUUGUCAGGCUCCUCCUCGAACGUUCCAGUUAUUUCUUUUGCAGAAAAUGGUUUUUGUUUUGUUUUGUGGGAUAUUUAAUGUAUAGAUUGAAGUUUGCUUGUUUUUUUUUCCACUUCCUCUUUUGCAAAAGAUUUUAUUCCCUUUUUGGGUAUGAGAAAAAACUAUCUUAGUAAAUUUAGGAAGAAAAGCUAAACGAUGGGAAGAAUUCCUGUUUGUAGUUAGUGCUUAUUAGCUGAUGUGUGCCCAGUGAGCAUCCUGCAGAAACCUUCACCGAUGCUCUUUCUGCUUUUGGCAGUUUUUUUUGUUGGGGGGUGUUCUCCCCAGUUGCAACAGUGUGCAAACAAAUGUUCUUCAUCUCUAAAAGGCCUUAAUAUACAAGGAAGUAAAUGUAAUGCAAGGUUUUAUUUUACUUCUCUUAGUGGUCCUACAAUGCUAGCUUACUGGUAAUUAUCGAUGUUAUAUGCAAAGUCUCUGCAGGAUGAUGCAUGCUACGCUUCUUAGAAAAUACUGGGCGCUGUAGUUCCACCGCUAAAUGAAAAGGUAGAUCCUGGUUGGAGUUACUGAUGAUGCACUCUUGUUAUGAAGUGGAAACGGUCCCUUUGUUGGGAAUAGAUUUGGCGUGUUUUGUAACACAGCAGUGGACGAUUUCAUGAAGUGGAAAGUUCAAAGUCCAUGUCAUCUGCCACCUGUAACUCUGCUGUGGUGUUUAGUCACAUGUUGUUUCCUUUUGGUCCUGUGUGAACAACCCUGGACACAAAAGCAAACGCCACACUGUUGUUAGAUGUGUAGCUAUUUUUUUUGUUUUUUUGCUGUUAUUUUUAUGUUCACAAGUGCUUUGUGUUUAAAGUGUGACCCUUUGAAUCUUCCUCCAGACCGAAGCAUCAGAACCGAACCUCCUCUGUAUGUACGUGUGACUCUGUAGUAGUGACUGAAGUAAUGUUUGUUUGGUUUUUUGUUUUGUUUUUUACCAAUUAAUGGUUCAAAGAAGUUUUCCUGGAUUUCCUGAAUAAAUGUUACACUCUCAUCAGCCA